AUGAAGUUCUCUACCUCUUUCGUCGGCGCUGCCGUCUUGCUUGCCAGCACUGUCUCUGCUGCCGAAGCCCCAGCCGUUACAAACACCCUGACCGCCAAGGCCGGCUGCCCCUCUGCCGCACCCGCCGAUGUCAUGGUAACGCGCUCAGCCGUUGCCGUACCAUCUUGCGCCGCCGGCGCCAACGAGACCAAGCCCAGCAUUGUCACCAUGCCUGGCUACGGAACAGGCAUGAUGGGUAGCGCCACAGGUACAGGAAUGAUGCCGGAGUUCACUGGUGCGGCGUCGGCGAACAUGAUUAGCGGUGUUGUCGUUGGUGUGUUUGGUGGAUUGGCUGCUGCGCUCAUGGUCUAA